UUUUGCACAAUUUGAUUAUCACUAAUGAGCUAAUGUUUAACUAAGGCGAGAGCCACAGGGAACAGAGUCGGAGGGGAAGAGAGAUCUCCAGCCUUCGCCUGGGAUCCAGCGGAUAAUUCUCUGGCUCCGUGUACAGAAUACCGCGGCGAUGCCAAUGCCGGGGGUGUACCAGAAGAUAGCCGAGGGCCAGCAGGCCAAAACGAGGAUCGGAACAGUGGGGAACCCCAAGAAAUUUAAAGGGCAAGAUUUCGACUCCAUCCGAGAAAGCUGCUACAGCAGGAGGCAACUGUUCGAGGAUGAAACGUUUCCCGCGAGUGUCAGCUCCAUCGGCCAAAAACUGCUGCCCAAGGACCAACUGCUCAGCAUCAAGUGGGAGAGGCCAAAAGAAAUUCAGAGUGAUGCCCGGCUCUUGGUGGACGGGGCGAGUAUCUUCGAUAUGGUCCAAGGCUAUCUAGGGGACUGCUGGGUACUGGCCGCCGUUGGGGCUUUGACUUUGCACCAGAAGUUUCUAGAUAUCGUUAUCCCGAAGGACCAGGAGUUUAAUUACAAAUAUGCCGGCGCCUUCCACUUUAGGUUCUGGCAGUUCGGCGAGUGGGUGGAUGUGGUUAUAGACGACCGACUGCCAACGCUGAAUGGAAAGUACCUGUCGGUCCAUCCGCGCAGUGACAAUGAGUUCUGGCCCACCCUGCUGGAGAAAGCCUACGCCAAGCUGCGGGGCUCGUACCAGAACCUACACUGGGGUUACAUUUCGGAGGCGCUGGUGGACUUCUCAGGGGGGGUACUGGUGGAGUUUGAUCUGACGAAGCCCCCGCAAGAUCUGAGGGACAUUGUUAUAGCAGCCGCCAAAUCAGGGUCCCUCAUGGGCAGUAACACUCCUGGCGGUAAACAAUCUGGAAAUCCGGAAUUACAGAACGGCCUUGUGCAGGGUCAUGCCUACACCGUGACUGAUGCUACACAGGUGGAGUACAAGAAUGGUACAGAAGAUCUGGUCCGUGUUUGGAAUCCCUGGGGGAAGGGAGAAUGGAACGGACGUUGGAGUGAUAAUGCUCCUCAGUGGGACCGGGUCAGAGCGGAUGUGAGACAAAAGCUAAAUGUUCAAAAGAACGACGGAGAAUUUUGGAUGUCUUGCCAAGAUUUCCUGCAGAAUUUCAGCUGUGCGAGUAUUUGUAACCACACGCCGGCGUAUUUCGACUUCGACAACCCAAAGCGCACUUGGCAGACGCUCACGUAUUUCAGCCGUUGGGUGAGAGGGAGCACGGCCGCCGGCUGCAGCUCCAAAGAGGAUCUAUGGAGGAACCCCCAGUUUGUGAUAUCGGUGUCAGAUUCUGAAGGGAUGAAGAGGGGGUACAAUGUGACUGUGGCGCUGAUGCAGAGCCUGGAGAAUGAGCAUAAGUACAGCCAGAGAUGGAUGGGCAUCGGCUUUGCACUGUGCAGGGUGGCGUCCAUGGGGGUGAAGGGCAUCUCUCAGCAGAACUAUUCCGCCAAACAAGCCAUGGACGUCAUCAAUACGGAGAUACAGAUCAGCCGAGAAGUCACUCGCUCAUUCAUGGCUCCCCCCGGGACGUACGUCGUUAUCCCCUUCACAGAAAGCAAAGGCCAAGAGUCGGAAUUCCUCCUUCGGAUCUUCCUGAAGACAAAAGAGAUAGACAAAUUUCAAGACACUAAAACUGUUCCCAGGGAAGGAAACCAAACAUUUUAUCCCAGUAAUGGCGGAUCGAGGUACCAAGACCCAAAACCAAAGCCCAGAGAUGAUAACCAACCUAUGUACCCCAAUGAAACCAGAGCAAGGAACCAGAGCAGCAGUUCCCUCCCUAGAGAAGAGAGUCCGUACCAAUAUGGAAGUGAUGGCGGAUUAAGUGACUUUAGCUCCUCCCUCAGUAUGAACUCCCAGAUACCAAAGGCUGUGCUGAAGAAAUACCAAGAUGACAACUAUGAAAUGGUCUUUACCCGUUACUGUAACAAGAGCUCGGAAUUAUACGCAGAACAGCUACAGCGACUCCUGAAUGAGGUGAUCAUUAAAGAUCAGACAUUCGCCGGCGGCAGAGGAGACUUCACCUUGGACGCCUGCCGCGGGAUCCUGAUGCUGAUGGAUCUAAAUGCCAACGGGAGGCUCAGUCUGCAAGAAUUUGGGCGCCUUUGGAAACGACUCAAUAUGUGUAAGGACAUGUUCAGAUCAAUAGACGGGAACCAGACAGGAUUCAUUGACGCCUCCGGUUUGAAGAAAGCAGUUCAACUUGCAGGGCUGCCAAUCAGCAACGCUCUUAUUAACGUCAUGGUGCUGAGAUACGCCAACUCCUCGGAAAAACUCAGCUUUGCCGAUUUCGUUUGCUGCAUGAUCCGCCUGGAAACCGUAACCAAGGUAUUUAAGAACCUAUCAAAGGACGGCAGAGGGGUUUAUCUGAGUGGAGAAGAGUGGAUGCAGAUAAUAAUGUCCAGCUGAAGCCAAUCAGCGCCUCUUGGUGCCGGAAAGAGUCACCGCAAAUGAAGAGACAUCGACAAUCUUUUUGGUGUGGUCCCGGGAGAGAGUGUUGGGCAGAGACAGCAGAGCCGCGGCGGCAUAACAAUGAGCCACCUGAGCGCUCUAACUGCGGGGUACCGCUUUCCCAAGUUGGGGGGAUAUCUAUUCCGGACUUUAUCGCCGUUAUGCCGAAACCCAAAAACUCACAUAAUGGCGAAGUGAGACUUUUCAGGAACAUUUUGGGGAUAUUUGUCCCCCUUUAUCUGUGCCGGGUCAGGAUCGAACAUGACAAUUAUAGUUGGGUUUAGGGUUGCAGGGCGGGGAGGCGGGGCAAGAUGCCACAGGGGCGGGGCUAUGACACAUUGAUCAGCGAUUGGCCAAUAGCAGCGUCAAUCUUCGAGAAUCCUACCUGGUUUUCCAAAUUGGGCACGUGGCAACCCUAGUUGGGCUCCUAAUACCCCACAGUGCGACUUGUUGGCCCUUUAUCCGCACAACUGCACUAGGAAUGUACAUUUCAGGGGAAAUCAGCAGGUUUUACACACAUUUUUAUACUUAAUUAACUGUAAACUAGAAAUUCAACCAAUAAACUUUGCCUCUAUAUGG